UUAGUUUAUCUAAUCACUCAGAAAAUUGAUAAAUUCACUCUUAUAAAUGUCCGUGGUCAUAGUCAAAAUACCAGAUUCAAUAACAAUGUUGCGUCAAGUGAUCUUUUGUUCGUUGGUUAUCCUCUCCGCAUUCUACGGAGCAGAAGCACAAAACUGCCCAAGAAUUGUAACGAGAGCACAAUGGGGUUCCAGAACAACAAGUCGUUCUCAAUUGCCAAUCCGACCAGCUCCAUUCGCUGUCAUUCAUCACACAGCUGGAUCAGCUUGUGCUACUGAAGCUGCAUGUGCUACACAAAUGAGAAACAUUCAAAACUUCCACAUGAACACCAAUGGAUGGGCCGAUAUCGGCUACAAUUUCUGCGUUGGCAAUGACGGUAAUGCAUAUGAAGGACGUGGUUGGGGUUUCCAAGGUGCUCACGCUCCACCAUAUAACAAUCAAUCCGUCGGAAUUUGCUUCUUCGGUACAUUCACCUCAGCAUUACCAACCGUUGCCGCUCGCAAUGCAGCUCGUUUAUUGAUUACAUGCGGUGUUUCAUUGGGUCAUCUUCGUGCAGCUUAUUGGGUCAUUGGUCAUAGACAAGCAUCCGCCACUGAAUGUCCUGGAACUGCUCUCUUCAAUGAUGUAAGAAAUUGGCCAAGAUUCAAUGCCAAUCCCAGCCCAGUAUAAAUGACCAUCAUCAGUGCUACAGUCCUUUUUCAAUGAAGUUAUCGUAAUGUCUUUAUUGACAACUUGUAUGAAUAAAUGAGUAAUUUUUUAAAAUCAA